UCCGAGACCUUCUCGACGUCCCCAGCUCCGGCCGGGAAGAUGAUUGAGGAAAGUGGAAACAAGCGGAAGACCAUGGCCGAGAAGAGGCAGCUGUUCAUAGAAAUGCGUGCUCAGAAUUUUGAUGUCAUACGACUAUCAACUUAUAGAACAGCUUGCAAAUUACGAUUUGUACAAAAACGAUGCAACCUCCACCUGGUUGAUAUCUGGAACAUGAUUGAAGCCUUCCGAGACAAUGGCCUUAAUACACUGGACCAUACCACUGAGAUCAGUGUGUCCCGCCUCGAAACCGUCAUCUCCUCUGUCUACUACCAGCUGAACAAGCGCCUUCCUUCCACUCACCAGAUCAGCGUGGAGCAGUCCAUCAGCCUCCUCCUCAACUUUAUGAUUGCUGCAUAUGACAGUGAGGGCCGAGGCAAGUUGACCGUAUUUUCAGUUAAAGCUAUGUUAGCAACCAUGUGUGGUGGAAAAAUGCUGGACAAAUUGAGAUAUGUUUUCUCCCAGAUGUCAGAUUCCAAUGGCUUAAUGAUAUUUAGCAAGUUUGACCAGUUUCUGAAGGAAGUUCUGAAGCUCCCAACAGCUGUCUUUGAAGGGCCAUCUUUUGGUUACACAGAGCACUCAGUCCGCACCUGUUUUCCACAGCAGAAGAAGAUAAUGCUAAAUAUGUUUUUAGACACAAUGAUGGCCGAUCCUCCUCCCCAGUGCCUUGUCUGGUUACCUCUCAUGCACAGGCUCGCCCAUGUUGAGAAUGUCUUCCACCCCGUGGAGUGCUCCUACUGCCGCUGCGAGAGCAUGAUGGGCUUCCGGUACCGAUGCCAGCAGUGCCACAACUACCAGCUCUGCCAGAACUGCUUCUGGCGCGGCCAUGCCAGCGGCCCUCACAGCAACCAACACCAGAUGAAGGAGCACUCGUCUUGGAAAUCCCCUGCAAAGAAGCUGAGCCAUGCAAUUAGUAAAUCUUUGGGGUGCGUGCCCACCAGAGAACCCCCGCAUCCUGUUUUUCCUGAGCAACCAGAGAAACCACUUGACCUUGCAAAUAUAGUUGAUGGUUGGUGUCCCCCUCGCCCGCUGGCUAAUAUGAAUGACACCCUGGUGAGCCACGCCUCAGCGUCUUCUGGAGUGCCCACCCCCACCAAGAGGUUACAGUAUAGCCAGGACAUACCCAGUCACUCGGCCGAUGAGCACGCGCUGAUAGCCUCCUAUGUGGCCCGUCUGCAGCACUGUGCACGUGUCCUGGACAGUCCCAGCCGACUGGAUGAGGAACACCGACUUAUAGCUCGCUAUGCUGCCCGGCUGGCUGCAGAAGCAGGAAACGUGACCCGUCCUCCCACUGACUUGAGCUUUAACUCUGAUGCCAACAAACAGCAAAGACAACUUAUAGCAGAACUGGAAAACAAAAACAGGGAGAUCCUGCAAGAGAUCCAGCGUCUCCGUCUGGAGCAUGAGCAGGCUUCCCAGCCCACCCCCGAGAAGGCGCAGCAGAACCCCACAUUGCUGGCCGAGCUGCGGCUGCUGAGGCAGAGGAAGGACGAGCUGGAGCAGAGAAUGUCGGCACUGCAGGAGAGCAGGCGCGAGCUGAUGGUUCAGCUGGAAGGGCUGAUGAAGCUGCUGAAGGAGGAAGAGCAAAAGCAGGCAGCUCAGGCCACAGGGUCACCGCACACGUCGCCCACGCACGGAGGCAGCCGCCCGAUGCCCAUGCCCGUGCACUCCACGUCCGCCGGCUCCACCCCCACACACUGCCCGCAGGACCCACUGAGCGGAGUCGGGGGAGACCUGCAGGAGGCCUUUGCCCAAGGUACGAGGAGAAACCUCCGCAAUGACCUGCUGGUGGCCGCGGACUCCAUCACCAACACCAUGUCGUCCCUGGUGAAGGAGCUCCACUCAGCAGAGGAAGGUGCAGAGGAAGAAGAGGAGAAGAAGCAGGAUGGGAAGGACAGAGGUUAGCAGAGGAGCUGAGCCAGAGAGGAAGCGCAGGGGGCAUGCGGCAAGCUGGCGUUGACACGAG